UUUCGUGGUUGGAGCGUGUUUAUGGAUUGUUAUUCUUUUGUGCUGCAUUUUGUUUCAUUGUAUCAGAUCCAUUCUCAUUCUUGAAAGAAGUACAGUCGGAUGUCUUGGUUUAGAAAUCUCUGCAUUAAUGCAAGUCGAUAUCACAAAGUGUGUCUUCCUUUGUUAUGCACAUGGAAUCGUAAAAAUGAAUCGGUAAAAUUUCUUUUUGCAUGCACGAAGCAAGUAAAUCAGGAGCGUAGGUGGCUAUAUUUACUUUUUCUUAAACAUUAAACGUUACAAAGGUUCCACAGUAAUAUACUGCUUUGUUGUUAUUGCCGAAUUGUUCACUUUAUAUUAGUUCUAUAAAACACUAAAAGCUGCGUUAAACAUAAACGUAUGUUCCCUCUAUAGGGCUUCUUGAAAAGACAGUUUGAACCAUAAACUUGUAACUCAUAGUCUAACUCACAAGUGAUUUCUGUGUCCUUUGUCACAACUCUCCGUACACCACAUGCCUGCGACUUUGCAAAAGUAGUUUGCUGUUUAUCUGUUCUCUCCAUGUUCCACACGUAUAUAGUUACUCGAUCAUUUAGAAACCUGAUUUAUCCCACUUCCGGGACUGAGAAACAUACAUACAUUGAAGCAAUGGUUUAUGAUAUUUUGGUUAGUAAUAUGGUAUGAGAUUUACUUGGAGCUGAUAAUUUGUAUAAACGUAUCACUGAUAGUUUUUCAGCACUAAUUGUCACCAAGUUUUCUUACAGUUCAUUGUUUUUAAGCUCUUAUCACCCACAGACGUUUAGAUUUAGUUUAUUAUUGAGUAGUGAUUAUUUGUAAUAAGUUUUUAAAAUUGCCACUCAAAUGUGCUAGUAGUUGUUGUUAUAUGACAUUGUCUUACAGCACAAAAAGUUGCACACAUUUGAAAGAAACCGUUUUGCUUUAAUUGCAUGCCUAGACCGUAACGUACCCUCGGAUUUUUACUUGGUUAGCUUUUUCCGGUCAUACCGUUUUUGCUAACAUUUGGAUUUUUCACCGUUUCAGCAAUACACUAUGCCUCCGAUCGACGGGACAUCCCAGUGGUUGCAAAAAACAAUCGAAUCAGCAGCUGUUAUAUUGUUCAGCAAGACUACUUGUCCUUUUUGCAAGAAGGUAAAGGAUGUUUUAACUGAGGCAAAGAUUAGGCAUGCGACGAUUGAACUAGAUCAGUUACCCAAUGGUUCAGCUAUUCAAAAGUCUUUAGCCAGUUUCUCUAAAAUUGAAACUGUCCCUCAAAUGUUUGUCAGAGGCAAAUUCAUCGGUGAUUCUCAAAAAGUAUUGAAAUACCACAGUAAUAAUGAACUGAUGGCAAUUGUCAAUGAGAACAAGUAUGACUAUGAUUUAAUUGUUAUCGGCGGAGGAUCUGGUGGACUUGCUGCUGGAAAGGAGGCCGCCAAAUACGGUGCAAAAACAGCUGUUUUAGACUAUGUAGAACCGACUCCAUUGGGUACCACCUGGGGAUUAGGUGGGACGUGUGUAAACGUUGGAUGUAUCCCGAAGAAACUGAUGCACCAAGCUGGACUCUUAAGUCAUGCUUUGGAAGAUGCACAGCAUUUCGGAUGGAGUUUGGAUAAAUCAAAAAUUUCCCAUGAUUGGUCAACUAUGGUUGAUGGUGUUCAAAGUCAUAUCGGUUCUUUGAACUGGGGCUAUAAAGUUGCACUAAGAGAUAAUCAAGUCACGUAUCUAAAUGCCAAAGGGAUGCUAAUAAGCCCUCAUGAGGUCCAGAUAACAGAAAAGAAUAAUAAAGUCUCUGUAAUAACUGGGAAUAAAAUUAUCUUAGCUACUGGUGAGCGCCCAAAAUAUCCAGAAAUACCUGGAGCAAUCGAAUAUGGGAUUACAAGUGAUGAUUUAUUUUCUUUGCCAUAUUUCCCUGGCAAAACACUGGUCGUUGGAGCAAGUUACGUUGCACUGGAAUGUGCUGGGUUUCUUGCUAGUUUAGGUGGUGAUGUGAAAGUUAUGGUUCGUUCCAUUUUACUUCGUGGUUUCGAUCAACAAAUAGCCGAAAUGGUUGGUGACUAUAUGGAGAAACAUGGAGUCAAGUUUGCUAAGUCGUGUAUACCAGAUGAGAUUCAACAAUUGAAACCAGUAGAUACUGAAAAUAAUAAACCCGGACUUCUACUUGUUAAAGGUCAUUAUACCGAUGGUAAAAAGUUUGAAGAAGAAUUUGAAACAGUGAUUUUUGCUGUUGGUCGUGAACCACAAUUAUGGAAGGUUAUUUGUCAAACUGUAGGCAUUAAACUAGACAAAAAUGGUCGAGUUGUAUGCACAGAUGAUGAACAAACUACAGUCAGUAAUGUUUAUGCUAUUGGAGAUAUAAAUGCUGGGAAACCACAAUUAACUCCUGUGGCCAUUCAAGCUGGACGCUAUUUGGCCAGACGUUUGUUUGCUGGUGCAACCGAUCUAACUGACUAUUCCAAUGUUGCUACCACUGUUUUCACUCCACUUGAAUAUGGAGCUUGUGGAUUGAGUGAAGAAGAUGCAAUUGAAAAGUAUGGUGAUCAAGAUAUUGAGGUAUAUCAUUCAUAUUUCAAACCUUUAGAAUGGACUGUCGCUCAUCGUGAAGAUAAUGUUUGUUACAUGAAACUUGUUUGUCGUAAAUCUGAUCACAUGCGUGUACUGGGUCUGCAUGUUUUGGGUCCUAAUGCAGGAGAAAUAACUCAGGGAUACGCAGUUGCAAUUAAAAUGGGUGCAACUAAAGAAGAUUUCGAUCGCACCAUCGGAAUUCACCCAACUUGUUCUGAGACAUUUACAACGUUGCACGUGACUAAAAAGUCUGGUGCGUCUGCAGCGGUGACCGGUUGCUGA